AUGGGGCCCCGAAGAGAUGACCCGAACAAGACGGGCAGCUGCCCGUACUGCACACUAAAAAUGUACUGUAAGCAGCACCGGAAUCAGCUGCAGCCACAAGGUGUCAAUCCGGAAUGGCGUCAACCGAAAGAUUCCGCUGGGACCAUGUCCCGCAUGUAUGACCAGAUCAUUACCAGCAAACUGACGAGAUUCCGCGAACGGUUCAAUGCCGCACUUGAAAAACACUCAGAAGCAAUGUGGGGUCCCGAUCCUCUUCUGCAGCUGAAAUCCAUGGAGACAAGCCCUCCCGAAGUGAAAAAGCCAAAGAAGGCUAAGAAGGAGAGCAAAAAGAAGAAGGAUAGCAAGAAGAAGAAAAAGAAACACAAGAAGAAGGCCAAGAAAAACAAGAAGCACAAAUCUAGAUCAAGCAGCAGUGACAGUAGCGACGACGAUAGUGACUCUUCGUCAUCCUCUUCCUCGUCAUCAUCUGAGUCGGAUGAGGACAGGGACAGGUGCGUCCGUUCAGGAAGGGAGAGGACACUAGCAGAGUUUCAUUUCUUUGUAUGA